GUAGAGAAAAAACACACUUUAUUUGUGAUUGCAUUUUUGUUUUGUAUCCUCAUUACAAUAAAACCAUUCUUUUUGUGUUUACAUGUAUAAAUGUAGACAUUUUAUUAGAGCGCUACUAGUAAAUCGUAAAAUAUUCCAGAGUGUCUUACCAUGCUCGACUAUGGCCGCUGACCAUGACUGCAAAGGGGUUCCUAUGUCCCAUAUCAUAGGGUCUCAGUCCCCCUGGGGUGCUCCGGAGUUCCCUCUCAUUCAACCUGGUUUUGACCAUGCGGUCCUGUACCAUAUACCGGGGAGUGGUACACAGUUGGACAGACCACCAAAGCCUCAGAUUGGCAAGGAAAAGUGGGACCAUGAGCAUGUGAGGAUGCCAUUUUCCAAACACAGCUUGUAUCCUGUCCCAAAUGAUGCUGGUAAAAGUGACUUGAGGAGCCGAUGGGAGAUGAUAAAGGAUGCUCUCAACAAGCCCAUAAGAAAUAGUACUGAGUUAGAAGAAGCUAUACUCAGUUACAAUACGCAGUUCAAGGAUAGAUGGCAUUUUCAAGCGUUGCAUAAGUUGUUUGAUACCCUGGAUGAAGAGGAGUCUCAAUAUUUCUUUGAUGUCACUUUGCCGGAAAUCGUCAAGCUGGCUUUGGCAUUGCCAAAGUUGAUACAAUCACCUAUACCUUUGUUAAAACAACACAAGAAUCGCUCAGUGUCUCUAUCACAGCAGCAGAUAUCGUCGCUGUUAGCGAAUGCAUUCUUCUGCACCUUCCCUCGCAGGAAUACGUACAAGAAAGAUGCAGAGUACUCUAAGUACCCUCACAUUAAUUUUAAUGUAUUGUACAAUACCAAACCAUCAUCAGACGUCUUGGAAAAAUUGAAAUGCAUAUGUCAUUAUUUUAGGCGCGUUUGUCAAAAAGUGCCAGUGGGCGUGCUGACCUUCGCCCGCCGCUCGGUGGCGCCGCGCGCGCAGCCGCACUGGCCGGCCAGCGACAGGCCGCUCUCGACGCUGCCCUUGCACGUGGACCCCGAGAAUACCAUCGAGGAUGCCCAUGGACUGAUACAAGUUGAUUUUGCUAACAAAUUUCUCGGUGGUGGAGUGCUGGGUUAUGGCAGUGUUCAAGAAGAGAUAAGGUUCGUGAUAUGCCCCGAACUGUUAAUAUCAAUGCUCUUCACUGAAUGUCUCAGGCCAAAUGAAGCAUUGAUGAUGAUUGGCUGUGAACAGUUCAGCACGUACACCGGCUACGGGCACAGUUUCCAGUGGGCGGGGGACUUCGCAGACGAGACGCCGUACGACUCGUCGGGCAGGCGACGGUGCGCCGUGCUGGCGAUAGACGCCAUGCCCUUCCACAGCAAACUGCAGGAGUAUCGCAAGGAAGCCGUCAAUAGAGAACUGAACAAGGCUUGGGUGGGGUUCUCGUUCUACACCCCAGACGACCCCGGGCCGCAUUACCCCGGCGUGGCCACUGGGAACUGGGGCUGCGGAGCUUUUGGGGGCACAGCGGCGCUCAAAACACUUAUACAGAUGAUGGCGUUGACGCAGGCGGGCAGGCCCAUGGCAUACUAUACCUUCGGCGACACAGCACUCAGGGACAGUAUGGUACAAGUGUACAACUUGCUGGUGAAGCAUGGUGUUACUGUUGGGGGCCUGUACGGAUUGAUUCUGGAGUUUUGUAAAACUGAUGUAUUGAAGACUAAUGUGUACAGGUUUUUGGAAAAAGUUUUGGAUGGUGCUGAGUCAUCGAACAAUAGUCAAUCUGUGAAAACAAAAACUGAGUCUAUGAAUUUGAAUACUGAAACCGAGCAAUACAGUUUGCCCCUCUCAGUAGAGUUAGCUCUCGACAGAUCGCCCGACAUGUUCGAUGACGUUGAUUUCCACUUUGAUGACUUUGACAUCACACUUGCCAAACUCAAAGUUAAGAAUAAAAUUCAAAAAACUUUUAAUAACGUUGAUGAUAUUGGUAAAAAUGAGGUCAAAAUAGAGAUGUCGCGUAGUUUAAUCGAAGUAGGAAAUCAACACAAUAUGUCUACUAGUCCAGAGAAAAUUGUAGAUAACGAUCAUAAAAUGUCGACUAGUUCAAAUUCAAUUGGGGAUAGCAACCUCAAAAUGUCGACUGGUUCACAUAAAAUUGGAGACAGCGACUACAAAAUGUCAACUUGUUCAAAUAAAAUGGCGGACCCCAGAUUGUUAAUAAGUCCAGAUAAAAAGGUGGAAAACAUGAAAACACCUAACCAAACUUCCCGAUUAUUCCAAGAAAUGGAGAAACUAGACGAAAACAGUGGAAAGUUGAAUCUAAAAAGUCCACAUAGCUCUGUUUUUGGACAAAAAGCCAAGCAAAAAGAAACUGCGGAAAAUAGCAAAAUAUCUACGCCUAAAGUGAGACUAUUCAAUGAAGGGGAGAAAGUAGAGGAUAACAGUCGAAAGUCUGACUUUGAAAGUCCACAAAAAUCGCAUCAAAAACAUUCGGCUAUGGAUGUCGAUGAUAAAAUCCUAACGGAGGUGUCUCCUGAUGUAAAGAAGAAAUUAACUAGAAAAAUUACAGAUUAUUUUUCAAAAAAACCUAUUUAAUGUUUUAAUGGAAUAGUAUAUUCACAGGUUGAUGUAUUUAUUUUUAUGUAAUAAAAAUUGCAAAUAUUAAAAAAUA